AUGGAGUACUGGCAGAUCCUGCCAUUCUUGUUUGCCAUUCGUGACAUCAACCAAGAUCCAUUGCUCUUACCCAACAUCACACUGGGCUACAAUGUCUAUGAGAACUAUUUCAAUGAACGAAUAACUUAUGAUGCCGUGAUAGACCUGCUAUCGUCUGGACAACAGAGCGUUCCAAAUUAUAGCUGUGGGAAGCAGAGGAACCUCUUGGUGGUUCUUGAAGGGGCCAACACUGAAAUUUCCAGCCACAUCUCAAGCAUCUUGGACAUCUACAAAACCCCCCAGAUUGUGCCCAUCUCUAGAUGUACUGAAAAUUGUCACCCUGGAUAUGCCAAACUGACGAGGGAAGGAGAGCAGGCUUGUUGCUAUGAUUGUGCCUUUUGUGCGGAAGGAACCAUCUCCACCCAGGAAGAUGCUGAUCACUGCAUUAAGUGUCCAGAUGAAGAUUACUCCAACAAGGAUCGCACAGAAUGUCUUGCCAAGUCUAUCAGCUACCUCUCCUACAAAGACCCUUUGGGAAUCUGCAUAGCUUUCUUUGCCCUGUUCUUUUCUCUAAUCACAGGAUUUGUCUUAGGCAUUUUUCUUAAAUACCAGGAAACAGCCAUGGUCAAAGCCAACAACCGUGACCUCACCUACAUGCUUCUCGUCUCCCUCCUGCUUUCCUUCUUGUCCUCCUUUUUAUUCAUUGGCCAACCACAGAUGGCAACUUGCCUUCUUCGACAAACCGCUUUCAGCAUCAUCUUCUCAGUGGCUGUCUCAUCCUUGUUGGCAAAAACCAUCAUGGUGGUGGUAGCCUUUAUGGCCACUAAACCAGGAAGCAGGAUGAGGAAAUGGCUGGGGAAGAGUUUGGCCAAAUCCAUCAUCAUUUCUUGCUCUAUUGUUCAAGUGGCCAUUUGUGUAGUCUGGCUAGGAGUCUCUCCUCCGUUUCCAGAUUCCGACAUGAACUCACAUCCUGGGCAGAUCAUAUUGCAAUGCAAUGAGGGGUCUAUGGUCAUGUUUUACAGUGCCCUCGGCUACAUGGGUUUUCUGGCAGCCGUUUGUUUCACUGUGGCUUUCCUGGCCAGGAAGUUGCCAGGGGCUUUCAAUGAGGCCAAGCUGAUCACCUUCAGCAUGCUGGUAUUUUGUAGUGUUUGGGUCUCUUUUGUGCCCACCUAUCUGAGCACCAAAGGAAAAUACAUGGUGGCUGUGCAGCUCUUCUCUAUUUUGUCCUCCAGUCUGGGGUUACUGGGUUGCAUUUUUAUCCCCAAAUGCUACAUUAUACUGUUUAGACCUCACUUGAAUACAAAGAACUUUCUAGUGCUGAAAACUCAAGAUGGCACUUGA